UCAGACAAAAUUAUUCUGAGAAACUUUUGCCGAAAAGGUGGAAUUGGGGUGGAGACGGAAAAAGUUGAGGUAAGCUGUUACUAAGAUUUACAGUACUCGUACGUAAGAGGACAUUCUGUUCGCUUGUAAAAUCGAUUAGGUUUAGGAAAAGGGUGAAGAAAGAGAAUGUGUCAGAAGAAGAAUAGUAUCUACUCGUGAUUUAUUUGCCUCUAUUCUCUGGAAUACAACGUACGUACACCCGAAAAAAGGAUGGCUGUCAAAAUCUACGGUAUCUUCCUAGAUAUUUACAGCACCACGCGAGUUAUCGUCUCGACGUUUUCUCUUGCCACUGCACAAUCAUCAGUUUCGGUGUUUGCAAAUCAUCGACGGAAGACAGGGUUACAUUCCUUGCCACUGAACCACUAAUCAACAACCAGAAGCGAACGAUCCAACGAACGAUCUUCCGACGCAAUAAUGAAAGGCCUGGCAGUUUUGAUUCCACUGUUGCCAAUUCUGGCUUCCGGCUUUGGUUCGCAGUCGACAAGAAUCGGAACGGGGGGUGUCGGCCGGCUGUCUAUCCACCGAUCGGUCGCACUCUUCUCGUCGGUCGACGAAGACGAGGAAAACUGGUUGGACUAUCUCAAGUGGGGAGGCCAAGAGCCCGGCUUCGACGUCCUGGAACGGGCCAAGGAAUUCACGUCGGAGCCCGCCUUUCUCGCCUUUCGCCUGAGGGACAUCCCGGAGGACUAUUACUCCGAGGACUACGUCUUUCGGGGACCCGUCGUCGGUCCGAUCAACCGCAGGGAUCUGGUAGAAACCAACGCCGCCUUCCUUCUCAACGAGGCUUUUCCGGACCUGCAGCGGAAUCCCUUUGGUCACUGCAUCGAUCCGGAGAAUCCCUUCCGGGUCCUGUAUUUCGAUCGGUGGAAGGGGACCAACACCGGGGAACUCAAAAUGUUUUUUCUCCCACCGACCAACAAGAAGUCGAUCUCACCGGUCACGCCCUUUUCCGUCACCUUUGCGCCGGACGGAAAGGUCAUCUACGAGACGGUGACGACGGCCGUCGAUCGGUUCGAGGGGAACACCAAGGGUAAGGUUGCCGUCUUUGGGUUGCUGGAAACCGCCGGCAUCCCCCUCGACAACAGCAUCGGGAAUCCCCUGCUGAUCUUCUCUCAGAAGCUGAACCGCUUCCUGGGCCUCAUGACGGCCCAGACGCAAUCCAAGGCCGAGAACGUCCCCUCGUGGUGGAAAUCCAGGGCGGUCGGGGCAGAACCGAACGACCGGUAGUAAAAAAACACUAAAAGACGAACGGUCGAAUAAACGAAUAAAGGAUCC